UAACAUAUGAAUAUUCAAAGAAGACUUGCUUCGGCUUUAGCUGUCAUCCCUCAUAAACCGGGAAGACUUUCAUUUCUUCUGCAAAUUCUAGCCUUCAAAGUAUUCAGCUUCCCUUGUUACCAAAGCUCAGCCAUGGAAUUAAUAACUUCUGUGCUGGGUUCACUACUUGCAGAAGUAGGUAGACAUCUUUAUGGCUUCAUUUCUUCUGGAAUUAGGAAUUCCAGGCUGUAUUUUAAUGAUCUGGAAAAAGAGAUGAAGCUCCUGACAGACUUGAGAAAUAAUGUGGAAAUGGAGGGUGAAUUGGUUACAACCAUUGAAGCAACUGAGUGGCUUAAAGAGGUUGAAGGGAUUGAGCAUGAGGUGAGUUUGAUUCAGGAAGCUGUAGCAGCCAACCAUGAAAAAUGUUGUGGGGGUUUCUUGAAUUGCUGUCUGCACCGUAGGCAACUGGCGAAAGGGUUCAAGGAGGUGAAAAGACUGGAGGAAGAGGGCAUCAGCCUGCUAGCUGCAAAUCGAAUACCAAAAAGUGUUGAGUACAUCCCAACAGCACCAAUUGAAGACCAACCAACAGCAACACAAAAUUUAGCCAAAAUAAUGAAUCUGCUGAAUGAUGAUGGGGUUAGGAGGAUUGGUGUUUGGGGCAUGGGGGGAGUAGGUAAAACUACUCUCAUCAAGAACUUGAACAACAAGCUCAGGAAUGCUUCGUCUGCGCAACCUUUCAGCAUUGUCAUAUGGGUUACAGUGUCGCAGGAGCUGGACUUGAUAAAGAUACAAACACAAAUUGCUGAGAGGUUGGAUUUGGGGCUGAUUAUGAAUGGAAGCAAUAGGACUGUGGCUGGUAGGUUGUUCCAGAGACUGGAGCAGGAGAAAUUUCUCCUCAUUCUGGAUGAUGUUUGGGAGGGAAUUGAUUUGGAUGCUUUGGGAGUUCCUCAGCCUGAAGUUCACGCGGGUUGUAAGAUCAUAUUGACAUCUAGACGUUUUGAUGUUUGUCGGGAAAUGAAGACAGACAUUGAAGUUAAAAUGGAUGUCCUCAACCAUGAAGAAGCUUGGAAAUUGUUUUGCCAAAAUGCAGGGGAGGUAGCCACAUUAAAGCACAUCAAACCAUUAGCAGCAGGAGUGGCUGAAGAAUGUGGUGGGUUACCCUUGGCAAUAAUCAUCAUGGGAACAUCUAUGAGGGGGAAGACAAGGGUAGAGCUAUGGAAGGAUGCAUUGAACGAGCUUCGAAGAUCAGUACCAUACAACAUCGAAGGGAUCGAGGAUAAGGUUUACAAGCCCUUGAAGUGGAGUUAUGACUCAUUGCAAGGUGAGAGCAUCAAGUCUUGUUUCCUCUAUUGCUCUUUAUUUCCUGAGGAUUUCUCAAUCCUAAUAAGUGAGCUUGUACAAUGUUGGCUUGCCGAAGGUUUCAUAAAUGAGCAACAAAACUAUGAGGAUGUAAAAAACAGGGGGAUUGCUUUAAUUGAAAAUCUGAAGGACUGUUGUUUGUUGGAACAUGGUGACCAUAAGGACACCGUGAAAAUGCAUGAUGUAGUUCGUGACGUUGCUAAAUGGAUUGCAUCCAACUUGGAGGAUGGAAGUAAAUCCCUUGUUGAAUCAGGGGUUGGACUUGGCCAAGUUUCAGAGGUUGAGUUAUCAAAGCCUCUCAAGAGAGUUUCUUUCAUGUUUAACAAAAUAACAAGGCUGCCUGAACAUGCUAUAGGGUGUUCAGAGGCAUCCACUUUAUUACUACAAGGUAAUCUACCCCUGCAGGAAGUUCCUGAAGGAUUUCUCUUGGGAUUUCAAGCACUGAGGGUCUUGAACAUGAGUGGAACCCAGAUCCAGAGGCUGCCUUCUUCCAUUCUGCACCUUGCUCAACUUAGAGCUCUUCUUUUGAAGGGGUGCCUUCGUCUGGUAGAAUUACCCCCACUGGGAAGGCUCUGUAGAUUACAAGUACUUGACUGCAGUGCUACUCUGAUCAAUGAAUUGCCAGAAGGGAUGGAGCAAUUGAAGAAGUUAAGGGAGCUAAACCUAUCACGCACUAUCCACCUGAAAACCAUUCAAGCUGAAGUUAUAGCUGGGUUGUCUAGUUUAGAGGUUCUAGACAUGACAGAUAGUGAAUAUAAAUGGGGUGUGAAGGGAAAGGUGGAAGAGGGACGAGCAUCAUUUGAGGAGCUUGAAUGCCUUGAGAAAUUGAUUGAUUUAUCCAUUAGGCUGGAAAGUACUUCAUGUCCUGCUCUGGAAGAUGUCAACUGGAUGAACAAAUUGAACCGAUUCCUAUUCCAUAUGGGUUCAACCACUCAUGAAAUUCACAAAGAAACUGAACAUGACGGAAGACAAGUAAUUCUCAGGGGCCUCGAUCUCUCGGGAAAGCAGAUUGGAUGGUCAAUCAUCAAUGCAAGUUCUCUGCUCUUGGAUCGUUGCAAGGGAUUAGACCAUCUGCUAGAGGCCAUAACCAUUAAGAGCAUGAAGAGUGUUGUUGGUUGCUUCUCUUGUUUGAAGGCACUUACUAUUAUGAAUUCUGGCAGCAGGUUACGGCCAACAGGAGGAUAUGGUGCUCGUUGCGACCUAUUACCAAAUCUAGAGGAAAUUCAUCUCUGUGGUCUCACAAGGCUGGUAACCAUUUCUGAACUAACUAGUCAGCUUGGACUAAGAUUCUCAAAGCUAAGAGUAAUGGAAGUGACCUGGUGUCCCAAACUAAAAUACCUUCUUUCUUAUGGUGGUUUCAUCCGAACAUUAAAAAAUCUGGAAGAAAUCAAGGUAAGAAGCUGCAACAAUUUGGAUGAGCUCUUUAUUCCUAGUUCAAGGCGGACUUCAGCCCCAGAACCUGUUCUUCCCAAGCUACGAGUAAUGGAACUGGACAAUCUUCCCAAGUUGACAUCCCUUUUCAGAGAGGAGUCAUUGCCACAGCUGGAGAAACUUGUAGUGACUGAGUGCAGUCUUCUGAAGAAGCUACCUCUCACCCUCCAAAGCGCAACUUCCAUGAAAGAAAUAAAAGGAGAAGUUGAAUGGUGGAAUGAGUUGGAGUGGGCUGAUGAUGCUAUCCGUUUGAGUCUGCAGCAUCAUUUCAAUUCUUAGAAUAGGCCCCGGAGAAGAAGGCUGUUGGCACCUCAUUGCAAAUAUAAAGUAAUGAUGAUGGGAGAGAUGACAUGGGCAUAGAAAGCUACAUGAAGAGAUUGGAACUGCAGGCUCUCCAAGGUUUCAAACAGCUCCAUAUAUACGAGUGGUGGUGUAAGCAUUCAUGAAAGUGAAGUUGUAGAAUAAUUAAUGUACAUUUGGCUAUUUCUGUCCCAUGUUGAUUCUACU